UUAAAUAACAUGAUUUGUGCAAAAAAUAACUUUUCAUUUUCCAGAACUAGAUAUGGAUAAGAUCAUAGAAGGUAUAUUUGCUGUGGACAAAGAUCACAAGCAAAAGCUUGUCCUGAUUCAGACUCUAAAACCUCACUUGUUGAAGGUUGAUGUGGUCGCUGCUCACAAGAUCAUAUCACUAUGUCUGGACAGGCUGUCGGAUAAUACAAUAGUUACUGCGAGAAGUCUCAGCUCGCAUACCCUAACUAUUAUGUUUCAGGUACAUCCUGAAAGAGUUAUCUCUGGUUUAUCUCGAGAGCUAGAGGAUCAUAAUAACAGAGAAUGCAUCACACUAGCAUCCAAACUUAUUGUCAAAUCUCUCAAAAGAUCUCAGCUUUCCCUGCACGAGGGAAAGAAAAUUGGGGCAAUUUUAUCAAACAACAAACUGCUGACAUUCUCUGGAGCAGACAUUCGAGUGAUUAUUGGACAGCUUCACAACUCCAAACAUUGGUUCAGCGAUACGUCAAGUUGGCUGGAAACAUACUUCUAUUACUCUGGGUUAACCGACCAAACAUCAGAUGUUUCAGACCAGAAUAUUUUUACGGCGGACCAAGUGUCACUAGUAACAACUUUAAAGCUAAUUGCUAGUAAGCUGGCAAGUGGAGACCUUUCUUUGGUCCAGGGGUCGAUUCUAUCCAACAUCAAAGACAGAACAAUUGUUGACACAGCAAGCCAGGAAUUUCUUGAUUCUCUAACGGAGUCUAAUAUCUCCAAAUGUUUUGAUAAUCUGUUAGCACUUCAAAUACAAGGCCUCGUGCUGUCUCACUGGAUUAUAGCCCUGACCGAGUUACUUUCUGCGGACAAAAGGUUCAUGCUGGUGAUCCAACUUUCAGAAAGGCUUGUAGAAUCUAUACUUGCUCCCAGAACUGGGAUCACAUCACCUGACAGUCUAGAACUAGUAUGUCAACUUUUACUCCUUCAUCAACAUUCUCCAUUUCUAUUCCAUAGACACUUUACCAAACUGGUCGCAUUCGAGUCAGAAGAGUGUAUCAAAAAAACGUUACAGUGCAUGAUGCUCAAAUAUCCUCAUUUUGGUAGAUUAUAUGGAAAAACUCGCAACAGCUAUAUGUAUCAAUGGCAUGAACUUCAAAGUAUGUUGGCUAGUUCUGACAUUAGCUCAAAUCGUGGUGUUGGAUUUAAUAACUUGGGAAAUACGUGCUAUUUUAAUAGCCUGGUCCAGGCAAUGUGGCUAUCAGUUCCAUUCCAGAUGGAUGUCAUAUUCAAUAGAGCUGAAUCGAGCAUCUUAUCAGAGCUGAGACGUGUAUUUCUUAAUCUAUCUUACUCAGUACGACAAUCUUUCUCUCCAGACACUUUGUUUCACGUGUUGAGACCCCCCUGGUUCUCAUUUGGCUCACAACAGGACUCCGCUGAACUUCUACGUCACAUGUUUGAUUUGAUAAGUUCCGGAAGCGGUCCAAGUGGAACAGAACCGACAAAUCCUCUACAAGAAGGUUUAGCAGGAGGCAGAGAUUUGGGGUCCCUGGAAUCCAGCAAAUAUCGACAGUACUACUCAGCCAACAAGGAUAUAAAUACGGAAUCCCAGCCCUCCCAAAUUAUAACGAAAAAUUUUCAGGGAGUGCAAGAGGUGACCAUCGUUUGUGACACUUGUGACACUGCUUCAUCUAAAGAAGAGCCAUUUCUGUUCCUUUCGUUGCCAUGCGGAAAGGAAACUACAAGUUUAGAAGAUCUGAUCACGAGUUCCCUUGCUACGGAGCACCUCAGCCAAGAAAAUCAGUAUCACUGUGAGACUUGUACCACAAAAUCGGACGCGGUUCGAAAAACAACACUCAAUAAAAUGCCUAACACCUUCAUUUUCACCAUCAAUCGUUUUUCUUAUAAUAAAGAACUGAAGUGCCGAUCAAAACUUCUGACGAAAGUACAGAUACCAGCUACAUUGAGAUUCACCGCACAAUCUGACUCCACUUUCACAAUCGGCACCACGGAUAUCACGGACACCACGGACACCAUAGACACCACGGAAACCACAGACACCAACGACACAACAACAGAUGUAGUGUACCAAUUGUAUGGUACACUGGUACACAGUGGAAGUACGACAGAGAGCGGACACUACUACACGUACGGGGUACCCUCCUCCUACUCCUCACUAUCCGUCCUCUCUCACUGUCUCUGUUUUAACGACUCACGUGUCACCUAUGUAAAUGAGGACCUGGUAAACUCUCCCCGGGGCAGUAUGGAUACGCCCUACCUACUGUUCUACCAGCGCCUACCCACAGAGCAGCCACCCCAGGACCUAGAUGUUGGGGAGCUCUCAGAGAUACUGAGCAGUAAUGUGAGGUGGUUACAGCAGCAAGUACAGAGUCAGGUGGUAAGACAAACUGGCUCAAAGUUUAAGGAACCUCCGUCCAAAGAUGAGGAUGACGAUGAUAGUAACAAGGAUAUUUAUUCGAAGGGUUGUCAUGAUAACGAGUUUGCCACUGGAUCAAGCAGAUUCAUUUACUGAAAUGAAGUUUGCAGGCGUCCAACUAGAUAACAUUGGGUUUUUUGUACAACAAUUCUACUUAGGAAAGUAUGUGGAGUCGAAUGUAUGAAUAUGUUUUGAAUGGGAGUGGAUUAAGAUUAC